AUGAGUGGACAUGACAAUGGCCGUGAACAAGACAAGAGGUUUGCCAUUGUCUUGGUCUCUACAAUCCUCAUUGUGGCUAUGGUGCCCGAAGUGGCUUCGGAUAAAAAAGUAGAAGAAGAAGAAGAAGGGAAUAGCAUGAGUACCUUUAACACUAUGGUUAAUGGAAACUUAAUUUGCCAAUCAACGGAGCACAGAGAUUUGUGCGAGAAAACCCUUGGGAGUUCACUCAUGAAAGUCACAGACCCGAAGAAGCUCCUCGAAGCUGGGUUCAAUGCAUCAGUGGCGGAACUCUUAGGCAAAAUAAACAACUCUACCCUUUACAACGAGAUGGCCGUAGAUAACAUGACAAGACAAGCCAUGGAUAUCUGUACGGAAGUUUUGGACUAUGCAGUUGAUGGCAUUCUGAAAUCUACUAAGACAUUGGACAAAGUUGACAUUAACAAGUUGAGUGGACAUAUUUUUGACCUCAAGGUUUGGCUCACAGGGAGUAUUGCUCACCAAUACACUUGCUUGCAAGGGUUUGAGAGCUUAAAAGGAAUGGAAAAUAUCAGUAAGGCAAUGGCUCAAGUUCUGCGUGUCUCGUUGGAGCUUACUGACAAUGCGUUGGAUAUGACCAACGUGAUCCAGAAGGUGCUCAAAAUACAAUCAAAUAAGUUUGCCAACAGGAGACUUCUCAGUCCUGAAGCAACUCUUCCGGAUGGGUUCCAUUCCUGGGUUGGUGAAGCCGAACGACGUUUUCUCCAGUCUUCAGGCAAUUACUAUAAUGCGGUUGUGGCUCAAGAUGGCUCUGGCCAGUUCAAAACAGUCAAUGAAGCUCUUCGGACUGUUCCUUAUUACAAUGACAAACCUUUCUUCAUUCAUGUCAAAGCUGGUACCUACACGGAAAAAGUUGAGGUCACCAAGGCCAUGACCCAUGUCACCAUGAUUGGAGAUGGUCCUAGAAAUACUAUUUUCACUGGCAGUUUAAACUAUGUUGAUGGUGUUGUGACUUUCAACAGUGCUACCUUUGGAAGGGAAAUGGGAUUUAAAAACACGGCAGGGAGUGCGAAACACCAAGCAGUGGCACUCAUGGCAACAGGAGACAAAAUUGUAUUCCAUAAUUGCUUCAUGGAUGGGCACCAAGACACGCUCUUUGCACAAUCCCAACGCCAAUUCUACCGUAAUUGCGUCAUCAGGGGCACCAUUGACUUUGUCUUUGGGGAUGCCCUUGGAGUGUUCCAAAACUGCAGACUCGUUGCGAAAGUACCCCUACGUGAGCAAAAAUGCAUGAUGACAGCAAGUGGCAGAAGCACAUCUGAUAGUACUAGUGGCUUGUUGUUUCAAGGUUGCUACUUCACAGGGUUUCAAGAAAUGCUUAAGGCAAACCCUAAGCAAGCAUACCUUGGAAGGCCAUGGCAUGAAUACUCUAGGGUGGUCAUCAUGGACUCUCGAAUUGAUGAUGUGAUUGCACCAGAAGGGUACGAAGCAUUUACGGGACAUAAAAACACGAACACAUGCACUUAUUAUGAGUAUAAUAACAGGGGUCCUGGUUCUGACACAUCACGAAGGGUUCAAUGGCCAGGUUUUAAGGUCCUAUCCUCUUCUGAAGCAUCUCAGUUUUACCCUAGCAAGUUCUUUGAUGUUGCUAAUUCGGCUGAUGGUGAUAAAUGGAUAGUUGACACUGGAAUACCCUACUAUCCUGGUCCUGGUUCUGGUUCAUCGCCCAGUUCAUAA